AUGGACGGACUUUUCAAUCACACCACUCUUCUCACACAAGCGCACGAGACUCUCCUCAAUCGAAGCAAAGAGUUUACGGACACGCUCCUGAGAUGCUGCGCGGGGAACGAAACCGAUAUUGUGGCCGCGAGCGACGGCGUUGGGGUCGGUGGAUCUCUUGGUUUCACACCAGAGGAACGGAAGUUAUUUGUGACCCGCGUGGUGCAGAUCGCUGUGUUGUGCGUUCUGUCACUCACCGUCAUGUUUGGGAUAUUCUUUCUGGGAUGCAACCUGAUGAUCAAGUCUGAAAGUAUGAUCAACUUUCUCGUGAAGGAGCGCAGACCAUCCAAGGACGUUGAAGCGACGCCUCAGCCCACCACCAUCCUUCAGCAGCUGCCCCCUGCCAUGGCACCCCCACCCCCCGCUGUGCGGCCUGGCCACAUCAGAGAAGACCUGGUGGAGCUAAUGAUGAUCCAGAACGCCCAGAUGCACCAGGUCAUCAUGAACAACAUGACCAUGUCAGCCCUCAGCAGCUUUGGAUACUCCAACACUCCAGAGACAGCCAGCUAUCCACCGCAGCCUCUGGAAGAAGACCCAGGAGUGUACCACCACCACUACCCCCCUGCCACCUAUCAAGCUUACCCAGGCUGGGCGCCCUUUCCUCAGCCAUACCUGCACCCCGUGACCCCUGUCCUCAACCCCUGCUCCGGGUGUCAGGAGAGUGGGGAGCAAGCCCAGCCCCUUCAGCCUCCUCCCCCAGUGCUCAGGAGAGCUGUUCCACCCCCACCACCUCCUAGUGCUACAGGGACCGUUGGAGCAGAGGUCCCACCAGCUACCGAGUACUAUGAUGCCACAGAGAGGAGGCUGUGACAGAAGGGACAUCUGACGUGCCCACAGCUUGCUUGAAACUACAGGUGGCCAAAGGAACAGUUGAAGUCAGAAAAAAAACUGCCACAGUUUCCUUUCAACACAAGUAACUUCAAUGACUAACUGCUCUACAGUUAGUGUAGAGGAAUGCACUCACUGACGUGUAUACAUAGGAUGAACCUGCUCCUGUGCUGGUUGGAUCAAAUUUGUUUCCCCCCACAAGAUUUUAUAGUAACAAGGUGUAGCCACUUCAUUAAAUACAAUGGAAUAACUGGUGUACCCGCUAUGUAGUAUCAUGUGCUGGUGUUGUAUUUAAUAUUGUACAUUUACUUCUACUGUACGUUUACUUGGGCCGCCUCUGCUUCAAACUACAGAGGCACCGGAGCGCAGUCCUCAUAACUGACUUAGCAGUGCAGCCUAUGGAGAGCAGCAAAGGCAUUCAGUCAAAGUCAGUCACCAUUUUCUACCAACUUGACAAAAAUGGUGUUAUUUGCUCUAGUAUUGAUGUGAAUAUCAAAAGCAAUAAAAUGUGUUUGUUGCUUCUCGCAUUGGCUGUAAUAGCUGUAAUUAAGAAACAAUAUGUUUUAUGGUCACAAAUGUUGAAAUUUUGUA